AUGCUUGGAGCAGAUAAUGAAGCAACAAGUUUCGCAUCUAUCCUGCACGUGAUUAUUAAGAAAAAGCUUGUACCCUCGCAUUCGAUGGCAUUGCGGUCUGUCCAGGUUUCAUGCCGGGGUCCGUGCUCCGUUGCAGCAUUGCGUAAGACUCGUUACAAGAUCACUAGAUCUGAAAAUCAUGAUGAGCUCCUGAUAUACGUCACGUCAUUGAUCUGGAUCUGUGCUUGA